GGGGGCCGCAGCUUCUCCUUCAAGGUGGUGCUGCUCGGGGAAGGCUGCGUGGGGAAAACCUCGCUGGUGCUGCGCUACUGCGAGAACAAGUUCAACGAUAAGCACAUCACCACCCUGCAGGCAUCUUUUCUUACAAAGAAGCUAAAUAUUGGUGGAAAAAGAGUAAAUCUUGCAAUAUGGGAUACAGCUGGUCAAGAAAGAUUUCAUGCAUUGGGGCCCAUCUACUACAGGGACUCUAAUGGCGCUAUUCUAGUAUAUGAUAUAACAGAUGAAGACUCUUUUCAAAAGGUAAAAAACUGGGUUAAAGAAUUAAGAAAAAUGUUGGGAAAUGAAAUCUGUUUAUGUAUAGUAGGUAACAAAAUAGACUUGGAAAAAGAGAGACAUGUUUCAGUGCAAGAAGCAGAAAUGUAUGCUGAAUCUGUUGGAGCAAAGCAUUAUCAUACGUCAGCUAAACAGAACAAAGGAAUUGAAGAACUCUUUCUUGACCUUUGCAAAAGAAUGAUAGAAACUGCUCAAGUGGAUGAAAGAGCAAGAGGCAAUGGCUCCAGUCAGUCAGGAAUAGCAAGGCGAGGUGUACAGAUCAUUGAUGAUGAGCCACAAGUGCAGAGCAGUGGAGGGUGCUGUUCUUCUGGAUAAUUAUAAAACUGUGCAUCACUGCCCUCUCAAUAUGAAGACUGCCAUAUUCCAAGUCACACAUUCUUUACCAAUGGAGUAAUAGAAUUAACAGUAUUUAAAAAUAAUCACAUGUAACACUGCAGAGACCUUAAGUGCUAAACUAGUGGCAUCUGUGACCAGAGAAUUGGCGUUUUCUACAGUGGUUAACAAAGCAAUUACCAAUGGCCUUUUUACAUAUUUUUCUUUAAUGAGGAAUAAUAUGCAUGUAGAAAAGACCUACUUAAAGGCUUCAUUUAUAUUCUUUUAAAUCAGAUCAUUAUUUAAUAACUUAUAUACAUUGUUGUUGGAAUGGUAUACGUUUUUGCAGCUCUUUGUAUUUUGUGGUAGAUGGAAUUGUAUCACUUCUAAAAUGCAAAUUGAUUUUUUUUUAAAUUAGCAGAUAUCUGAAUUAAUAUUUUUGCAGGGCCUCCACAAGCCUAUAACUCAACUACUUUGAUAUAUUCUGUUCAUCUGUAUGCCAAGCUGAUAAAAUACAUUGUAAAUUACAUAUUAAAUAUUUUAUCUGCUUUUACAGUUGCAGAAAUAUGUACAUCAGUCUUGUCAGUGAUUGUGAAGUGAAUAAGUCAGUGAAAGAUGCAAGCUUUUCAUGUGCACUGUUAAAUUGCUCAUUCUAUUCCCCUAACUGAAAACAGCUUUAUUUUGGGUACAUCCAUAGCUACAGCAAUUCUUUAAUCCAUUUCUGGCAAGCAGCAGUAUUUAGAGUAUCCCCUUACUGGAAGAGAAUGCUUCUGUAAACUGCUGUUUAACAUUGAGGUGUUUGACUUGCAGCUAAAACAGUUGGUGCAUGCACAUACCUUGCCUCUGCAGUUACUUUGUCCUCUCAGAAGAUCCCCAGAAAGUCAAAGCAACUUUAGCCCUCAUCUGUCUGGUAGCCAGUAAACCAGAUGCAUGGGAAACUCUUUAGCUGCUUUAAUACUUUUAUUUCCAAAGACAGCAUUAUAAACUAUCCAUGAGAAUAUUUUUUUUUUCCCUGCAGGGCUUGAGUGAACAAUUAAUUGGCAUUAUUGGCAUUAACUGUAACUUCUAAUUUGGAGUGAUUAAAUUAAAGAUGGGAAACUUGCCAGAUGUAGCUGUAAAUUUGGGGAUUCUAGGCAGAAUUGAACUUAUUCCCAACUUGUUCUUUCUCCUGUAAAGUGUUUUGAAAAAGCCCAUUUAAGUUUCUGGAGGAGGCUUUUCAGAAAAAAUGUGUAAACUACUAUCACAAAAGAACACAAAUGGUGGUAGCUGAAACUUCAAAAUGUUUUGUGCUCUGACUUUUUUUACGUAAGUUGUCAUGCUUGGAAAAACAGUAAAGGUGAUGUCUAUGACAAAGUAGAAUAUCCUUGGCCUUCCUUUUUCUGAAAGGUAGAUUUAGUAUUGCAUAUGAAUGCACUGAAUGGUGUGGGUAUGUUCUGAUACACAAAAGAAGUAGUAGUAAUGAAUUAGUCUGUGUAAGAGAAGUGUGCUGUCUUCAAUCUGAUUUUUAUUUUCUCUGAAAUAAUAGAUGGCUUUGAUACAGACUGA